GUCAAACCGCAGCUUGACAGUUCCCAGCCAAUUGGACGCCGUGUUGUGUUUAGAUUUUUGGGCCUGCGGAGAAGCUAAAAAACAAGGCAGCACAGCAAAUAGCGAAUUUACAGUACAAAAGCGGUGGAUUUCGUGCGCCUAUCAUGGCACAAAACAAAACCGACCUACUGGCGGUGUUGGCCGUGGUGAAGAAGUACAAUCUAAAGAGCACCGAGGAGCUGCUGAAGAAGGAGGCCGGCCUGACCGACAUCCCAGAAAAUGUGGCCGGCGAGGCGGAAGUGAACAGUGUGCUGGCGGCGUACAAAAGCGAGGGCGACCCGGACAUUUACGAAAACUCCUACAUGGAGUUGCGCCGGUUCGUGGAGGAGUCGCUCGACAUCUACAAGCACGAGCUGGCCCUCAUCCUCUACCCGGUGCUGGUGCACAUGUACAUCGAGCUGGUGUACAACAGCCACGAGGUGCAGGCGAAGAAGCUGAUCACCAAGUUUGGGCCGGAGCAGGAGUACUACUACCAGGACGAGCUGGCCAAGCUCGCGAUGGUGACGAAGCGGGACGAGAUGAGCGGGAACGACAUUACGGACACGUUCAAAUCGAACGCCUUCACGAUACGCAUCUCGCGCGACACGCUGUCGCUGCUGAAGCGUCACCUGCACGAGAAGAAAGCGUCCGUCAUACUGAACAUCGUGAACGAGCACAUGUACUUCGACCUGUACGAGGGGGUGGCCCGCAACAAGGCACAGUGCGACGCGACGAGCGGUGCAAUGACGGGGGAGGCAAAACGGCAGGAUAACAAGAUAAAGGUGUACUACGGGCUGCUGAAGGAACCGGACGUACAGACGCUGGUGGCCGCACCGCCAGAAGAGGACGACGAUAUGGAUCCGGACGCACCGGACAAACCGAAGAAGAAAAAGCCCAAAAAAGAUCCACUGUUUUCGAAAAAGUCCAAAUCCGACCCGAACGCACCGCCGCUCGAUCGCAUUCCGCUGCCGAAGCUGAAGGAUGUGGACAAGAUGGAGAAGAUAAAGGCACUGCGCGAGUCAACGAAGCGCGUCAAUCUGGGCCCAGACCUGCUGCCAUCGAUUUGUAUGUACACGCUGCUCAAUGCAAACCACACCGUCACAUGUGCCGAUUUCAGCGAAGAUUCCAGCCUGCUUUCCGUGGGCUUCGUCGACUCAUCCAUCAAGGUGUGGUCGAUGACGCCGAUGAAGCUGCGCGAGAUGAAGAGCGCCGACCAGCUGAAGGAGAUCGACCGGGACGCGGAGGACGUGCUGAUCCGCAUGCUGGACGACCGGAAGGCGGAGUCGUGCCGCACGCUGCACGGCCACAGCGGCCCCGUCUACCGCACCUCGUUCGCGCCGGACCGGACGAUGCUGCUGUCCUGCUCGGAGGACAGCACGGUGCGGCUCUGGUCGCUGCACACCUGGACGUGCGUGGUCGUGUACAAGGGCCACCAGUACCCGGUGUGGGACGUUCGCUUCUCGCCGCACGGCCACUACUUCGUGAGCUGCUCGCACGACCGAACCGCCCGGCUGUGGUCGACCGACUCGCACCAGCCGCUGCGCAUAUUCGCCGGCCACCUGUCCGAUGUGGACGUGUGCAUCUUUCACCCGAACAGCAACUACGUGGCGACCGGCUCGAGCGAUCGCACUGUGCGGCUGUGGGACGUUUGCGUCGGCAACCACCAUCGGCUGCUGACGGGCCACAAGGCACCGAUCUACUCGUUGGCGUUCUCAAUGUGCGGCCGCUAUCUGGCGUCCGGGUCGGCCGACAAGCGCGUGCUGAUAUGGGAUCUGGCGCACGGGCACCUGAUUGCCGCACUGACCGGGCAUACUGCCUCGAUACACUCGCUGUGCUUUAGCCGGGACGGGACGAUACUGGGCACCGGUGGGCUGGACUGUGCGCUGAAGCUGUGGGACUUUACCAAGCUGGUGGACGACAUCAGUGGGGAAAAUGUGAACGUGUCGCACAAUCCGGACGUGCGCGAUGGCGAACCGUACCUGUUGCGCACGUUCCCGACCAAACAGUCGCCCUUCCUGACGCUGCACUUUACGCGCCGGAACCUGCUGCUCGGGGUCGGCAUGUACGACCUUGGGAUGUGAGGAAAGGAUCAUCGGUAGAGGGGAGGGAAGGGGAGAGAAGAGUGAGACAUUCGCAUUUUAACGCAUUUUGUGCUUUUAGGGUUCAUUUUUUUAUUGCAAUAAAUAGGCUACUGUCAAACGUAAUUUAAAAAAA